UUUAUCCCCCCCCCUGCAGGCUCCUUCAUGAUGGUGAACUCCUCGCAGCAUUUCGGUGGUCAGCGCGCUCAGCUUCUCUUGCUCCCGCUCAGCGAGAACGACACACACUGCAUCCAGUUCAGCUACUUCCUGUACAGCCGUGAUGGCCACAGCCCCGGAGACCUGCAGGUCUUCAUCCGGGUCAACGGGGGCCCCAAGGGCAGCGCCGUGUGGAAUAUCUCCGGCUCCCAGGGCCGCCAGUGGCACCAGGUGGAGCUCGCCGUCAGCACCUUCUGGCCCAGCGAAUACCAGGUCAUCUUUGAAGCGACCGUCUCCGAGGAGCGGCAGGGGUACAUCGCGCUGGACGACAUCGUACUGCUCAAUUACCCCUGUUGUAAGUACCUGUUCUGCACUCACCAUAGCACACCUGCUGACCUUUUUCUCAGUCAGCGGGAGAAAGUGGCCGGCAUAAUGACGACAUCCUGGCCAGAAAGCUUCAGGAAUAGCUUCCCGUAG